GGCGCGCGUCUCUCUUCAUCUACCACCACAAUCCUUCCCCCUGCCAAUGGACGCAGAGGACCGCAUUGAGCGCGAGGUACAGCGCAGGCUACAAGCGCAGGGGCGCCACCCUUUGAGCACCGAACCGACAGCCACCCACCCGCCACAUGGGAACAUCCCCAACACGCCUUUCUUCGUGUCUCUCAUCGCGUUCCUGCUCGGAGGCGUGUUUUCUCUCGGACUUGUGACUUUUUUGAGUGGUGGCUUUGACUCACACUGGUGGUCAACGUAUCAACUGGGCUUCUUUGCUGCCGCCUGGUCCUUCUUCCACUGGGCAGAGUUCGCUACGACUGCGCAAUAUAACCUCGAGAAAUGCAGUAUAGACUCAUACCUGCUGGACAACGGGAUCAUGUACCAUGUCGCAAACGGCGUGGCGCUUAUUGAGUACCUCACCACGUUGUACUUCAAGCCCGGAUGGAAAACAUGGCCGUACCUCUCGCUCAUAGGCGUCGUGAUGACCCUUACAGGACAGGCCCUGCGGUCUAUAGCCAUGAUUCACGCCAGCACCAACUUCGCGCACCAAGUCGCUUUCGACAAGCGCUCCAAUCACCAACUCGUGACCAGUGGUGUCUAUGCAUGGUUCCGCCACCCAUCCUACGCAGGGUUCUACUACUGGGCCCUCGGGACCCAGCUAGUUCUCCAAAACCCCAUUUCUUUCGCGGGCUUCUCGUUCGUGCUCUGGCGAUUCUUCUACUACAGGACAAGAGCGGAGGAGCGAGCCCUCGUCAGAUUCUUCGGGCAGGACUACGAGAACUACAGGAAACGCGUUCGCACUUGGAUCCCCUUCGUACCAUAGACGGUGUGCUACCGCAUCCUCCAUUCUUUCGCUGUACAGACUAGGGAAUCAUUAGGGAACAGUGCUUGAGUUGAGUGAGUGCGCAAGUUGAGGGUGGUAGUCGGCAUAAGUUCUCCCGAGACUGCUCAUCCCCACCUCUCAUUUUGCGUCUUCCAACUUGCUUCUUGCGAGUCCCCCACGACGAAUGAGAGUAUGAAAGUAGCAUGCAUCUGCGUCAUAGCCAUAGGGGUACAUAGUGACAAUAAUGGGUGGGGCAUGCGACAAGGGUUUUGUGUAUCGACCGACCAAACAUCCCGCGAACGUACUCGUGAGGCGACUCGAUUACUCAUCCUUGACUAUCGUGCUCUUGUCCGACACGUAGAUGCCGUCCAAGAACUUACGGAUAUCCUUGUUCCGUACGCGGCAGAUGCCCUGGAUGGAUGCGGC